AUGGACACCUUGUUGACCGCCGAGUCGGCGGUGAAUUCACCUCGGUACCGACGCAAGUCGAGUACAUUUGUGGACGCCAUCCACGACCUUCCUGAGAAGAGCGAAUUGGCACCUGCCCAGCUGUACAGCACUGAAUCUGGGCGUCUGUUUCACUCUGGGCGGAUCGCGAUUGCUACGGUAGGGCUGCCUGCCCGGGGCAAAACACAUAUUUCCGUGGCCCUUGCUCGAUACCUUCGCUGGCUCGGAGUCAAGACGAGGAUCUUCCACCUGGGCGACUAUCGAAGAGCCAUUGUAGGUCCAGGAACGGAUGUGCCUGACGACUAUUUCUUCGUCAAUGCCUCCGCUUCAUCGGUCUUGCUGCGGCAGAAGAUCUUGAAGAAAUGCAGAGAGGAUAUUUAUCAUUUUCUCAACCACGAAAAUGGGCAGAUCGCGAUCUACGAUGCAGUCAACCCGUUGUCGGCGGGACGGAGAUCUCUGGCCAAAGAGUUCGCGAAACACGAUAUCAAAACGCUGUUCAUCGAAUCCAGCUGCGACGACCAGCGGAUAAUCGAAGAGAAUGUCCGCAGUGUGAAAAUCUCCUCUCCGGACUAUGUGGGAUGGUCGGAGGCAGACGCCGUCAAGCAUUAUCUGAAUCGGAUCGCGGCCAAGAUCCCGCACUUUGAGACCAUGGAGGAACAAGAUCUCGACUGGAUUAAGAUGAUCAAUGCCGGCCAGAGACUGGUGGUCAACAACACCAGCUUCGGCUAUCUCUCGCAUCGGAUUGUCUUUUAUUUGUUGAAUUUACACAUCAAAUCUCGGCACACAUACUUUACACGUGCAGGCACAACUCUGGAAGAGGAGUCAUUCAAGGCCGACGCCUCCUUAUCGCCUCAGGGAAGAGACUACGCGAAGAAAAUGACGGCGACGUUGCUAAAACAUCGGGAAGAGGAGAGAAAAGCCAUUUUGGAAAAGGGGGGCACUGAAACCCCGCUGAAGCCGCUCAUCGUGUGGACUUCGACCCGACGAAGAACGGUGGAAACUUCUACCUUCCUCGAAGCCAAGGGGUUCAAAGUGAGACAGAGAUCUCAGAUGAGUCAGUUGAACCCCGGGGUAUGCGAGAAGAAGUCAGAGCGAAGGAUCCGCCAGGAAUAUCCCGAAGAAGUAUUGAAGCACGACCUUGACCCAUACCAUCACAGAUUCCCACGAGCAGAGUCUUACCACGAUGUCGCUGUCCGAUUAGAGCCUGUGAUCCUGGAAUUGGAAAGAGAGCAGAAUGAUCUCCUCAUCAUUGCCCACGAAAGCGUGCUUCGUGUUUUAUACGGCUACCUGAUGGCGUGCAAUGCCGCCGACAUUCCCUUCUUGUCUUUCCCACGAGAUGAGAUCAUCGAGAUCAUUCCUGCGAGUUAUAACAACGAGGCCAAACGGAUCAAAAUCCCCGAUCUGCCGCCGGAGAUCAUCCCAGCAUCCCCGGAAGGAAUCAAAGCACCUGCUCCUCCCAGCGGAUUCGCUACACCCAUUCCUGGGUUAGGAAGCGGCCUAGCGAGUCCUCUUGGGCCCGGGCGAGGACCGGGGACACCGGAGCCGUCUGCAUCCGGUUAUAAGACGCCGGAGGAUUCUGAAAAUCUGUCGGUUCGGAUGCAUGAUGUGGUGUGA